AAUCCAACAAUUUGGAUCGGUAUGGUGGCAACGUUCGCUAUGAUCGUCGUCAUGGUUGCUGCGCCGUUCGCUUCGCUAGCCUCUGCGGAUGCAUCCGACGAUUGCUUUAGUCGAGUCAAGAUGACAUUGAACGCCAACGCCUCCCUUGUGGCCAGCCGUUCCAACUGCUUUGUGGCCGCCGUGUACAUGACGUCGGAAGCGUACUUUGCAUCCAAGCCCGAUGAUAACGCGAUUGAUGUCGUGGCGGCCAACGCCAACUGCACCAAGUGGUUUAACGAGAUGACUGCAGCGUUCAGGGCCAUCGAUCCGCCUUGCGCCGUGCAGAACCCACCCGACGUCUUCCGCUACGCUAUCACGGGGUCGACCAGAGAUUUCAAUUUGACGUUGGUCGAGUAUUUAAAAAGUAUGCGACAAGCUGCCUUGGCCCCUAAGCGGAAGAGCCAAGCUCCAGCGACAGGCCAAAUCAUUUGGCUAUCGGUUAUGGCUAGCUUGGUGGUGUUAGUAGCACUAUAACGCCAGUGCUUUGUCUAGUUUUAGAGUGUUAAUCAGGGCGUUCCACAGUUCUUGUCCCAGUCGCGUUGACGUUAGCAUGAUUGGGGUAUGUACUUACUAUUCCGCCCCCUGCUUUGCGAA